CCCCCCCCCCCAACUAAUGGGCAUUACGCACAUACGUGUAAAAAGUACAAAGGCCUCUUUCCGCCAAACGUUUCAGCAAGCCAGCUUUAUUAUACUCACUUUACAAGAUAUUCUUGCAGGGCUUUUCACCGCCUCUCACUCAUAAAAGCAAAAUUGAAAUAAUUGCAAAAUUACACACACGUCACGUCUAGCCGGCUGGAUGAUGCCGUCUACGUGAUUUUCUGCUGUUCAGUGAUUAUGCCCAGUCAAUGUGAAAUAACAAGUUGCUUAGCAACCUGCAAGCAAGCAGCAAAAACGCCGACCGUUGCCAGGCGACCUUCUUCCAAUAUCAGGCAGCUGUUUGAAGAGGGAUUUACUGAACAGAAGAAUGCGUCAUAUUCGCACCUUCCCCGUUGAUGUUGGUCUGCUGAGGUCUCGAAAUUAAUUAUAUUUAUCAGUUUUUAUUAUUAUUGUGGGAACACAUCUCAUGAUGUGUGAAUUGGUGAACAAGCACUGAUAAUUUCCAUUUAAAUCUGGGUGACAAGCUACCUUUGAAGUCCUCGAUUAGUAGGGCCAGUGUAGAAAUGGUGGAGAGGUAUACUCCGCCACCGAAGAGGAGAUUCGACAUCAGCCAGCAUAAGAUCCCGUUUUCUCGCCGAUAUCCCAGAACCGUGUUCUCGCUGUUCGUCGGCUCUGCUAUGCUGAUUUUCUGGAGUCGGCCCAUCUACGACAUCUUCUUCCGUGAGCGCGUGGAGGGCCGCCAGUACAUCCGUGUGGGAGAGAAGCCGGCUCUGACUCCGUCCGAGUCACGCUGAGUCGCCUGAGUCGCCUGAGUCGCUUGAGUCGCCACCUACAACACCAUGGAGUCGUUGACCCGAGCACGGGCCCGUCUGCGGGCCUACCCCCGCCUGCUGGCCGCCUGCUCGACAGAGGGCGCUGCCUACGCGCGCUGCGUGGCGCUCAAGGAGGGAGAGGCCGGAAAAGGCGAGUGUGAAAAGGAGUUUGUCGUGUUCCGCCGCUGUGUCCAGGACGCUGCCAAACGGCUAGGCACGCGCUACUGAGGUGACUUGUUGGACACGCCGUAGUGAGACGCGUAGCCGUGUGGAGUGUUGCUAGUGCCCGUUGUGCGCGUGUGUGUGACACGGGCUGGAGUGAGCGAAGGCUGAGUGGUGGUAUACUGAGGAAGUAAAGACUGAGUGCGUUCGGACUGAGAGAUCGAGGCUGAGUGAAUUACACUGAGGAGCGAGAACUGAGUGUGUUCCUACUGAGAGAGAGCGAGGGCUGAACGUGUUCGUACUGAGAGAACGACGACUGCGUGAACUCAGAUUUGUGUGUAAUUCCGGCCUAGUGAAGAGUGCCUAAACCCAUUGACUGCCUGGGAGAGUGCUGUCACAGAGUUUGCGACUCAGUGAGGAAAUCUCAUUCGUCUGUGUGUUAGCUCCUCCCUAUUUCCCAACCAUGACGACCCACCAUGUGUUAGCGGCCUUCCUGAUCCGACUAGCGUUUAUCGCCUAUGGCGAGUACCAGGACAGUGUCAUGCACGUGCCCUACACAGAUGUAGACUACCACGUGUUCACGGACGCGGCGGCCUACGUGGCACGUGGCCACAGUCCGUACCGACGUGCCACGUACCGCUACACCCCACUACUCGCCUGGCUGCUGGUGCCCACCGAGCUGUGCCGCACGUUCGGCAAACUGGUGUUCUCGGCUCUGGACGUUGCCGUGGGCGCCCUGGUGUAUCGGCUAGCUCGCCUGGAGGGGCACAGUCGACGGAUAGCGGUCAGCUGCGCGGCUCUGUGGUGGUACAACCCGCUGCCGAUCGCCGUCUGCUCGCGCGGUAACGCCGAGUCCCUUGUGCUCUGCCUGCUGCUCUACUGCCUGUACUUGUGCCGCCGACGGCUGCUGCUGCUAGCCGGCGCUGCCCUUGGACUGGCCGUUCAUGUGAAAAUCUACCCGGCCGUGGUGGCGCCGGCGCUCUACUGGUCGCUCGGAGAGGGCAGUGGAGUGCGCCGGUGGCUGCUGCCGAACGCAGCGCGACUGCGGCUCUGUGGUGCGGCGGCGGUCACGUUUCUAUCCCUGACGGUCGGAUGCUGGCUUAUCUACGGCGAUGAAUUCCUCCAGGAGACCUACCUGUACCACCUGACACGGCGUGACGUGCGGCACAACUUCAGCGUGUUCUUUUACGCGCUCUACCUGACGGAGGAGUGGGGCCACUGGUCGCUGGGUCUGGUGACGUUUGUGCCGCAGCUGGUGCUGGUGCUGGCGCUAGCCGUCCGCUUCCACCGUCCGCGCCACCUGCUCUUCUGCGCCUUCUGUCAGGUGUACGUGUUCGUCACGUUCAACAAGGUGUGCACGUCACAGUACUUCCUGUGGUACCUGAGCCUGCUGCCGCCGGUGCUGCCCCGACUCUCCUGCUCCUACCUGGAGGGCGGGCUGAUGCUGGGACUCUGGUACUUUGCGCAGGCCUCGUGGCUGCUUCCGGCGUACCUGCUCGAGUUCGAGGGCCGUCAGGUGUACCGACUCGUCUGGGCGGAGAGCGCUGCCUUCUUCUGUGCCAACGUCGGUAUCCUGGCCCGGCUGAUACGAAAGUACGACGCCCCGACUGCGGCAGCGGUGGCUGAGGGAGGCGGCCGGCAGCCCUCAGAGCGAGACCAGAGCCGAGGGAAGGCGGACGGAGAGCCCAGGUCACAGACGAGCCGCGCUAAACCUCAGCACCAACAACAAACCGUCAAACACAGGAACAAGCGCGGUGGAAAAGUCAACUGACCCCAGGCGGCGCCUCCCUGUCCAGGGGUCAAGUCGCCUGAAGGGGAGGAAGGCCCGGAAAAACAGCGUUACUAGUCAUUCUGUCGCCGCUGGGCAUCUGUGGUGUCUCGGUGGCGAUUAUCACAGUGGCUUCUCAUCGAUCAAUAGGCUACCAUGACCUAUCCAGCUCACUGUCUGGAUUAAAGCACCGACCACAAAGCUGACGCUCGAGUCACUCGCGCUGUGGAGCCGGGUCGAUAGCUGGUCCGAGUUCAAACGACCCUGCUCGCAUGUUUAGCGGCAGCCCACGGGCGGUACCCUCCAUUUGUCGAUACCUGGUGUAAUAAGCUCCCAGUGAUGGCGGACCGUCGCAUGUCAUAUACCCUCACGGUCGCCGGUUGGCAAAGGUCACUGCCAGGUCAUGUGUGUGUCCUGGGCGGCACAGCGGCAGAAUACUGCAACUUUACAGCGCAGAUUGGUACUCGUGAGAAUACACCUGUGUAUGAGAAUACACAGGUGUGUUGAGCUUAGUCUUUUUCUCGUAUCGUAGACGUGUUGUGUGAAUGUGCCCGUGUCAAUUAUUGCUCAAUUUGUGAAUGCAAUAAACGUAGCCAGAAAUUAACAAA